CCAAACAACAAACAGUUGAUUCAUUACUGACUCCAAGUACUCUUGACCAAAUCAUCCAGGAACUUCAACAGAUGCAGCUUGAUGCAAGCAAAGUUAAAAGAAGAACAGAUCUUUCAAUGGGGCUGAGGAAUAUUGCAUCUGUCAAGGGCUUCAGAAUAUCUGAAAUUCAAGGAUCAGGAAAUUGCAUGUUCUAUGCCUUGUCAGAACAACUGGAUAUUGUUAAAGGAAUCAAAAUCACACAUGGCACAUUAAGACAAACCUUGGUCCAGUACCUCAGGAGUAACCCAAAACUACCAGAUGGAACAGACCUGUUUCACUUUGUCCAUGGACAUCAAACAUGGACUGAAUACCUAACACACGUGGAACAAGAUGGCGCUUGGGGUGAUCACGUGACUCUGUGUGCCGCAGCAAACUACUUUGAAACGUGCAUUCGUGUGGUCAGCAGUCUACCCCAUAGCAGAGAUGUAAUCAUUACGCCACAUUGUCCAGUUGACGAUAGCAAACCACUUGUGCUGGGACAUAUUCAUGAGGUGCACUAUGUCAGCCUUCAACCUGCUCAAGGUUAGAAGACAGGUUAUCUACACAGUCCUAAUGCUUAGCCCAGAUUUCUGGAAAAACCCGGCCCAACGAAGAUGUGCCUAAUUUGUUGAAAGUAUUAAAUUACAUAGCGGUAAACGUUUCCCUUGGGCCUAAAAAAGAAACGAAUUCUAUCAGAAGUUUAAAAGUUUUUCUUUCGGAAGUAGUCGCUCUCGCUAAAUUGAGUAGUUGUCACAGUGUAUAUAAUUCUCUAAGAACUGAAAAGCAUAAAGAAUAGAUAAUUCACGGUAAAUGGUUUCGUUACGUUACUGAAAGUACGCGAGGAAAUUUUAAUUUAGGUGCAGUUUAGACUCGAGAAGGACAGUGAAUUUUUACAAGGGACGUUGUUAGUAUCCAUAAAGAACGAUAAAGCAUUUAUAAAUAAAAGUCAGUGUUUCAAAGUCAA